AUGGCCGCUAACGAGACCGCCAAAACAGCUGUCGUCAUCUGUACAGGGACCUAUCACACGCCUGCUCCUUAUGAGCCCUUUAGGCAGUCCCUUGAAGGCAGAGGGUUUGAGGCCUACUGCCCCCAGCGCCCAACAUGCGAUCUCAGCCUACUCAACGUGGGGGAUGUUAGCCACCCAGACUUUGACUCGGGUCCUCCGGUUGAGGGCUAUCCCACUGACUCGGACGAUGUUGAGGUCGUUAACCAGCUUCUUGAAAAGCUCAUCGUUCAAGAAGGGAAGGAUGUUAUCAUGCUAGGCCAUUCAUCAGGUGGUCUCAUUGCCUCUCAGGCUGCUGUCCCCCAACUACAGUACAAGUCUCGUCACGCGAAGGGCCAAAGGGGGGGCGUGAUAGGGAUCUUUUUUGAGAAUGCCUUUGUCAUACCUGUCGGAGAGUCUGUCCAUACCUUCUUCCAACCCAAGGAGGGGCCAAUUGUCACGCCGCCUUUCAUGCGAUUCCAUAAACACGGAGCCGCUGGUUUGGGAACUGUCGUAGAAGCCCACCGAUUCAUGUUCAAUGACCUGGAGGCGGAGGAAGCAGCCAAAUGGGCUGCAACAUUGACAGCAUCGCCCAUCAACACAGGCGUGUUGACCCAUGACGUUUACUCAUCGCUGCCAUGUGCAUACCUGGUUUCGGAUAACGAUGCCACCCUACUUCCGCAAUACCAGGAAGGGAUGAUCGCAUUGCAAGCUCAGAGGGGAAUUGCAUUUACCAUCUACCAUGCGCCUACCGGUCACUGCCCGCACCUGAGUUGGACUGAGCAAUUGGUCAGCAAGGUGGAGGAAUUCGCCGAACAGUGCCGUGAACAGUGCCGUGCUUGA